CUUGCUUGUUGGCCUUUGCUUUGGAUUCUCAAAAGAAGACAGUAGAACCGCAGCCUUUGACGAGAGAGCACUGGUUUCCAGACAAACGCUCGGCUAGGUAGAAAAAAAGCAACAGGCCUUUGCGUUGGUUUGUUGGGAAGGCUUUAGAGUGUCACUUCCACACUAAUUCAGCAAGGACAAUCGGAACAAAUCAAAGGCCGCUUCCUUAUUUCAAAGCGAUAGUAUGAUGUUGGUUUCAUUUUCAUCCUUGCCUUCCUUUGAGCUGCUCAGUCUUUUGGCUGUAGUGGCCUUGUGUCCUUUCCAAAUGUCUUCUUCUGUUGUGGCCUUUCCUUCGCACCUAAUCAAACCCAACCCAAAUGAAAGCGGGGUUGAAAACCCAAACCAACGACCAGAUCACGAGGACCUCAUGGCCAAGUCCACGGACAUCCUGAAAAAGGCCAUCCAUGACAAGCAACAAGACGACUACUUGAAAAAGGUCAAUCACAUGGAGGUCGAAGAAGUCAUCCGCAACCUGAAUGCACUUUUGGCCGACAAAGACAUGUUCGAAAUGGAAGAGCCCGAGUCGAUCCUGGACUUGGAGUCCCACGUCUUGGACCGAAUCCAACAGUACGAGGACUUGCGCAGAAUGGUCCAAGAGUUCUCUCCGGAUCUUAUCACGGAAGAUUUGGGAUCCGAAAUCUACCGAAAUGGACACGGGAAUCUCAAACGUUCCGAGCGUGUGGACAAAGAGGAUGACUGGUUGGCCGAUCCUUACUACACUGAAGAUUUCAUCGAACCGGAUCCGCAUCGCUUGUUCCUCUCCAGUCGACGACGAAUUGAUCCACAAACCAACGAGGCAUUAAAACCGGUCAAGGCCGUCGAUUUUGAAGGCCAGCUCGAGCAUCCCGAUCAUAUCCGUGAUCAGGGAGAGCAAGAAGUGAUCCAGAUGACCAAGAAGGACUUGGAAUCCCUGAUGAUUUCAUCGAACCGGAUCCGCAUCGCUUGUUCCUCUCCAGUCGACGACGAAUUGAUCCACAAACCAACGAGGCAUUAA